AUGGCACGGCAGGGCUCGGGGGCCAUGCUGGCAGCGGGGGGGCUGGGCUUCCCCCCCCAAAACCUGGCCCGAGUGGUGGUGUGGGAGUGGCUGAACGAGCACGGGCGCUGGCGGCCCUACUCAGCUGCCGUGUGCCACCACAUCGAGAACGUGCUGAAGGAGGAUGCCCGAGGCAGCGUGGUGCUGGGCCAGGUCGAUGUGCAGCUGGCACCCUACGUCAUUGACCUCCAGUCCAUGCACCAGUUCCGGCAGGACACAGGGACCAUGCGCCCCGUCCGGAGGAACUUCUACGACCCCUCGUCAGCCCCGGGGAAGGGAAUCGUGUGGGAGUGGGAGAACGACAACAGCUCCUGGACACCCUACGACAUGGACAUCUGCAUCACCAUCCAGAACGCCUACGAGAAGCAGCACCCUUGGCUGGAUCUGUCCUCCCUGGGCUUCUGCUACCUCAUCUACUUCAGCAGCAUGUCCCAAAUGAACCGGCAAACCCAGCGCAAGCGCCGGCUGCGGCGCCGCAUGGACCUGGCCUAUCCCCUCACCAUGGGCUCCAUCCCCAAGUCCCAGUCGUGGCCCGUGGGCAGCAGCACGGGGACACCCUGCUCCUGCCCUCAGUGCCUCCUGGUCAACAGCACCCGCGCCGCCUCCAACGCCAUCCUGGCAUCGCAGCGCCGCAAGCUGUACCCGGGCGCUGUCCGCCAGAGCAGCACCUUCACCGGGGCCACCCUGUGGCCCGUGGGGCCGGGGGCAGGGCAGGGGGGCACGGCCAAGGGCGAGGGGCUGAGGGUGCCCCCCGGAGCGUUCACCCCCGGGCAGAGCGUGGCUGCAGGGGCACCGCUGCCCGGCCUCAACAACCUCAACCAGCCCGGCACGCAGCGAGGGGCCCGUGCCACCGUGCCCCCGGGGGUGCCAGCGCUCCCGGUCAAGAACCUGAACAGCACCGGCCCCGUCCAUCCUGCGCUCGCAGGGAUGACGGGCAUCCUCAUGUGUGCCGCGGGGCUGCCCGUGUGCCUGACCCGUGCCCCCAAACCCAUCCUGCACCCGCCGCCCGUCAGCAAGAGCGACAUCAAACCCGUGCCCGGCGUCAAUGGCAUCUGCAGGAAAACCAAAAAGAAGCAUCUCAAAAAGAGCAAGACCCCCGAGGACGUGGUGCGUCGCUAUAUCCAGAAGGUGAAGAACCCCCCGGAUGAGGAUUGCACCAUCUGCAUGGAGCGGCUCGUCACCUCCUCGGGCUACGAGGGCGUCCUGAGCCACAGGGGCAUCAAGGCAGAGCUGGUGGGCAAGCUGGGCAAGUGUGGGCACAUGUACCACCUCCUCUGCCUCCUGGCCAUGUACAACAACGGCAACAAGGAUGGCAGCCUGCAGUGCCCCACCUGUAAGGCCAUUUAUGGGGAGAAGACAGGUACGCAGCCCCCUGGGAAGAUGGAGUUUCACCUCAUCCCCCACUCCCUCCCGGGUUACACCGACUCCAAAACCAUCCGGAUAGUCUACGACAUCCCCACUGGCAUCCAGGGCCCAGAGCACCCCAAUCCAGGCAAGAGGUUCACGGCCCGUGGCUUCCCACGGCACUGCUACCUGCCUGACAACGAGAAGGGCAGGAAGGUGCUGAAGCUGCUGAUCGUGGCCUGGGACCGGCGGCUCAUCUUCACCAUCGGCACCUCCAACACCACGGGGGAGUCGGACACGGUGGUGUGGAACGAGAUCCACCACAAGACCGAGUUCGGCUCCAACCUGACAGGCCACGGUUACCCUGACCCCAACUACCUGGACAACGUCCUGGCCGAGCUGCUGGCCCAAGGCGUCUCCGAGGCCACCCUGAAGGACUGA